UUAGAGAUUUCCCUAGCAAGUUUGCUGCUUCUGUCAUUGAAGAUUAUGAUUUGUCAGGAAUGACAUAGCUGUAGUUAAUCCUGUCUUAGGCCAAAAGAAGUAGACAGGAUCUAUCAGCUGCAUUUUUCUCUGAUUUUGCACUUGUAAAUGAGAUUUAGUACCCUGGAGUUUACUUCUCUUUAAAUGAACCAAGGACAUUGAAGUAUUCUGAUAGUCACAGAAUGGUACAGGCCAAUUUACCACCCUAUACAAAAUACCCACUUCAGGAUAAGUGCCAACUUCAGCUUUUAAGCCAGGCUACAAAUGCAGAAAUGAACUAGGGAAAAAUGAAAGUUUAGCUCUGUGAUGUUUUCAACUUCUCUCUGGCCUCAGGAAAAAAAAAAAGUAGAUGCAGAAAAACAGCAAACAAAAGAAACAAUAAGAAUGGCAGAAUCUAAAAGAAUUGUUUCAGCAUACGACAUUAGCAGUACUCUGAUAUUUUGAUCAUAUUAAUGUAUGCAGUUAUUUGUAUGGAUUUGUCACUUUUGCAGGUUUUACACAGAAAUGUCAUCAGCAAUUCGACUGUACCUUAUUUUGCCAGGCGUCUAGUUCACCAUCGUGGUAGUUCUGCAGAGUCUAUCAUUCUGCCUGUUCACAAUAGUGAAUGCUGGUUAGAUGAAUGCUUGGAGUCAGUUUUGGAGCAAGAUUUUAAAGAAACUAUGGAGCUGUCAGUUUUUAAUGAUGCCAGCGAGGACAGUUCAGCUGAAAUCAUUGAAAAAUGGAAGGUCAAGUUGGAAGAUGCUGGUAUACCAGUAAUCAUAGGUAGUAAUGAUUCAUCUCAACCUGGAGGAGUUGGAUUUGCUAAGAAUCAAGCAGUAAUACAGAGCUCAGGAACCUAUCUCUGUUUUCUGGAUUCUGAUGAUGUGAUGAUGCCACAGCGGGUUAGACUGCAGCACGAAGCUGCCAUUCAGCAUCCAAACAGUAUUAUCGGUUGCCAAAUCAGAAGAGAGCCAUUGGAGUCUACUGAACGGUAUACUCGUUGGAUCAAUAAUCUGACUGAAGAACAGCUUCUUACACAGGUGUUUACCUCCCAUGGCCCUACUGUGAUCAUGCCAACCUGGUUCUGUUCCCGAGAAUGGUUUUAUCACGUGGGCAAAUUUGAUGAGGGUGGAAAGGGUGUUCCAGAAGAUUUGCUGUUUUUCUAUAAGCAUAUCGAAAAGGGCGGUGAAGUCUUUCGAGUUAACUGUUGCCUCCUGCUGUACCGUUACCAUCCCCAGGCUGCUACUCAUUCUGUUCUGGAGGGAACCAUCUGGAACCACCGAGUCAGGUUUCUUGAAGACCGAGUCCUCAGCUACUGGACAUCGUUCACCAUCUGGAACGCUGGCAAACAGGGCAAGAAGCUCUACAGAAGCUUGUCACCAGCUAAUCAGAAAAAGGUAACUGCAUUUUGUGAUGUUGAUGAAAAGAAAAUAACAAAAGGAUUUUACACUUACGAAGAAUCUGAGGAGAAACCCAAACCAAAAAUUCCUAUAUGUCACUUCAGAGAAGCAACUCCACCUUUCAUUAUCUGCGUGAAGUUGGAUUUGACGGGUGGAGCAUUUGAAGAAAACUUAAACACAUUGAACUUGAAGGAGGGGAGGGAUUAUUAUCACUUCAACUAAAAGCUGAGGAUGUGAGCUCGUGAAGAAAAGUAGAGUGCUGUGCACUCGUAUGAGCACAAACUGGCUGCUACUAGGGGCAUCUGCCGCUGGCUCGGACAGCUGUGAAAAGGCCUUCAAGUUCAGUGAGUAUCACUCUCCCAGAGUGAACUCCAACGGUUCUUACUCUCUUUGCUUAAAUAUUUUAGUUACUAUUUGCUUAUGCUGAAAGAGGAGGAAAAGGUCAAGUACCAACUUCAGCCACCUAAGUUCCCAGAUUUCACAUUAUGUUAUUUGUAACAAUUGCAACUGAAAUACCUGUAUGUCUAUUAGGGAAUAUUUUAUCUCUAUAUUAGGGUAUAUAUGUGUAUAUAAUCUUUUUUAUAUCAGAGAAGGGUUUUUUUUCACUUGUCAGCCUUUUCUCAGCCUCCAUUUCAACAUUAAGAUGUUGAAAUACAUUUUUGAGAUCAGUAUUAAUCUUGUAACAUCUUCCUUUUCAACAUAACAUUUCUAUUAGUUGACUAGAAAAAACUAAUCUUAAAACUUUUAUUAAUUUGAAUAGGAAUGCUUAGGUCAGUUUGUGCUCUAAAUAAGAAUGCCUUGUAUGGGCAAGAGGUUAAGAUUCUUAUUUUCUAAAAUUACAAAAAUGUUAGUCACAGGUUUUUUUAAAUUAAACUAAAACCAGAAAACUGUGGAAAGGACCCUGUAAGAGCUGGGAAGACAGGAAAAGAAGCUGCUAUGAGGACAACAUGUUGUCUUUGAAGAUUAUUCAUAGAUUCCUUAAAUACUGGUCUGUAUUUUUUUAGAGCCCUGACAACUCAGAACAUAGGAUUUACUUACAUUAGGAAACAUCUUUAGUGUAAAGGAUUAUCAGAAUAUUAAUAUUAAACAGGAAGAACUGGCCGACCUUAAAGACUCACGUAUCGUAAUAAAAUAGAGCCAGUUUGUAAGUAUUAAGUGCUUAAGAGAUGAAUGUGGCAAAAUCUAUGUAAUUGUUUUCCAUCGGUGUUGCUUAUCCUGCUUACUGAGCCUUCCCAUCUUUGAACAGAGGGGAGAGGAACCCCUCGCCGACUAAGGAAUUCUUAUCAAAGCAGAAAAUUCUGUCUUUCUAAAAAAAAAAAAAAUAAUUUUAGCUGAUGGGCAAUUCCAAAAUACCUGCAUUAAAAUGAAAAAGGAUCAGUUUAUGGAUAUAUUGCCUUUCUUCUCAGGAGUGUACUAGCUUCUAGAAUAUAUUUUUGCUCUUCGGUAGUGUAAUGUAGUGGCUGCCCGAAAAGGCAGACAAAUGGUUAUUGAAACAUCUGUGCUGUAUUAUUUCAUUCUUGGAUUUUGUCUGAGUAAGAUGUCACACCGCACAUCUGGAAUGUUUUCAAGAAAUAAGACUGGAAGGGCUUAAGAGCAGAGUCUUCAGCUAUUCCAUAUAUCCUGUAGUUAGUUUUGAGGACAUUUCUCUAGGUACACAUUUAUGUAGUCAUGAACCAGUGAAGAACAGCACCUGUUGUACAGAAGUAUACAGUGUGUUUGGUGGAACAACUGAUCAUUACAAUGUUUCUUUAAAAAAUUCAGAAGCACAGUCCCAUACUUUACCUUGGAUACCAGCUGUGGUCUGGGCACUUUCAGGAGAUCACAGAGAUAGUUGCGUUUCUCUCUUACUAGCAUUAAUUCAGCUUCCCUGUAUGAAGAAGUAUUUUCCAGUUAAUUCAGAAAUAAAAACUUGAAGCUGUCCACCUACAUACAAAGGUCCAUGUCUAUUCUUUCAGGUACAUUUCAAACCAUAAAAGUUUCUCUUGUGUCAAAUUUUAAGAAUAACGUAACAUUUUUGCAAGAUGUUAAGCCAGAUAAACCGUAAAUACACAACAGGUCUCCAGGAAGUGACUAAUAAAACUUGUAAGACUGUAUUUUUAGAUCUUUGUAUUCUAAAAAUUAACACAUUUUCAUACAUACCUUUUGAGUAGAAGUUUACUAAUUUACUCUCUAAACUUACAGCUCCUUUUUUGCUUUAGAAAACAUCACACCAAGAAUUUAAAUGCCAGUAGAUUUGGAGAACAUCCUACUAUCUAGAGAAGCUUUAUGCUGAAGUAAAAAAAAGCCAGACUGAAAUCUUAUGAAUCUUUUUAAAAGCUCCUGAAAUAGCGUGAUGUUCAUGAGAUAACUUCCUCCACAACUGUCAAUUACAAAAAAACCCCAAAAGGGCAAAAAUCCAUACACAGAGCAUUCUUUCACAUGUUGCUCUGCUCUCUCCCACAUGACUAAUUCAGUAGCUUUGGGUUUUUCUUUUUUUUUUAAAGUAACAACUGUAAAUGGGUUCUUACACGUAAACUGAUUCCAAAACUACAGAAAAAAAAGCAUAAAGUGCAAGCUAAUUACAAAUAACCUUUUUUUUAAACACAUGGGACAAAUCGUCAGGUUUAAUACUGGAAACUUGCCUUCAGUUAAACAAAAUUUAUUAUUUAUAGUGUAAUUUGUUUACACACUAAAUUACACAAUCAUAUGAUAAACUCUCUGUAGUUCCAAAACAGAGAGAGUUUCAAAUGUGUGUGUCCCAGUAAUUGUCAUCUGCCCCAAAUAUUUAAACCUCAUUUGGCUUCCCGAUGUUAAUGCUUAUUUUAAUUCAGAAUUUACUGAGAUUGCUGUAGCAUUGAGAGUGCUUGGGAAUUAUAAGAAGCUCUCUCUGACAGUCAGCUAUGACUUCAAAAAUCAUCUUUUGUAAACGACUGAAGUCUCCCAAGAUAAAACAAUUAAGCUUUAAGUAAACUGGCCCUCAUCUUUAAUCUCGGAGCAAUGGAUAUAUUGCAACUGGCAACUUAGAGCAAGCCCUGGACCGAGAGGGAAUGAAACAGGCAGCCAUUCACAGCUUAAAAAUGACAAGGUGAAAACAUAAUAUUUAUAUUCUUUUUCUAGAGUGUUUUUUUUUUUAUAUUGCUGUGGUUUGGUAACUCCUUUGAGAGUAGAACUGUGCUACCACUGCUUUUUCCAUAGCAAUUUGGUGUGUGCCACUUUUAAUUUGGUGUAUUGCAAGUAUCCUUUUAAUGGUGCCUGCAGCAACCUAAUACUACUCCAUCGUUUCGGCUAUCCGUCUGUAGCUAGGUUUAUUUCUGAACGCUUGUGUAGAACAUCAAGAAACGUCUCCUACAGAAUUUAUGAAAAAAAUUUCUAUUUUAAGGUAGUAGAGCAACUUCUAACUUCUCAGCAAGCUUGCUAUUAACUCAUAUUUAAUGAGCAAACACUGAAUAAUACUAAACACAAUACUAAACAUCAAUUUGUAGUUAAUUUUAAGGUAAUUUCAGGUAAUUGAAGGUAAUUUUAACCACAGUCAGAAGAGUUUUUAAUAACCAGUCUUCAAAUCUGAGAUGAUGGUUAUUCUAAUUUUGUAGUGAAAGAUUAAGAAAAACAGGAGCAGCCACCCCCUUACAAUGAUAAAACUCAUUUUCCUUUCCCAAAUAUAAAGUUAUUUAAGCUUAUGCCCAGAAAUAAACUAGAAAUUAAAUAAGACCUAAACAAUGUGAGCGUGGGGUCCAAAAAUAUGUAAAGCACCAUCAUAAAGGUAUACUUGUUCUAUGAAAUUUCAGUGAACAACAAAAAGCCAUUUCUAUUGGAUUUUAUAUAUAUAUGUAUGUAUCUAUGUAUGCAUAUGAAAUGUAUAGUAUCUGUCUAUCCUUAAACUCUUACUGAAGUAUUAAACUUGGCUCCUGUCUGAGGCAGGGUGUUGGGCGAGUGGAGCCACGACCCAGUGCAUCCUUAUGCAAUAAGGAAGAAAGUUUAAAAUGGCAGCCAAACAAAUAAACUAAUUAGUAUCUUAUUGCUUCAACUAUCUUGGGCAUGCAGACUUUUAUAAACAUUUCCAGGUAAUUAUAGUGUGCAAUGCUAAAAUCUGUGGAAAGCAACAAAACCCUUGCCAAAAAUCUGGUGAGUAGUCCUGUCUCCUGUCACUUUACGGUUCUAUUCAAUUACUUGCUUUGAUGUAAAAAGUCUGCUCUAAAAUAAAUAAAUAAAUAACAAUUAUUCCCGUUCUGACUGCUGGUGAACUUUCAAAGAUGCUGCCAGAAUGAGUCCCUGCUGCCCCAACAGGCCCUGCGCUGCUGCGCUGAAUUACAUCCCGUUCUCGGUUGGGCUGCAAUCGGCACCCGAGCAUUGCUUUUAGAGGUGAAGAAACAGCACAAAUCUGACACGCAGCUGAAGUACAUCCAAAUACAUUAACAUAGUAAUACUCAUGAAGAAUGGGACCCUUUUCCUCCAGCCCUGAGAAGAAGCUAAAGCUAGAGAUAACAAGAUCCUUCCUUUUUUCAAAAUCCUGCCAGUGCUCAUAAAUGCCAAGAAACUGUCUGAGCAGUUGAAGUUUGUCUGUUUGCACAGCCCAGUCCCUCUGUGUUUCAUGGAGAAUUUCCAAGAUCUCCUCCCUUUUUAUGUUGUUAGAAAAAUAUGGGGAUUUUACUUUAUCCAGCGGUGUUUUUUUAAGUUCAUACCACUUUCAGUGGGACAAUAAAACACACAGUUCUUGAGAACAGAAGGGUUCUCUUCAGGAAUGCCUUUUUGGCCUAUAAGCAAUAAAUAACUAAACCAAAGGUAUCAUUCCUUACAACUUCCUUGCCACCCUUCUUCCAAGCUAUGGACCUUUUUCUUAACUUCAGUGGUAUAAAAAUUAUUUGAACUCUUAUUACUAUCUGACGACAACUUCACUUACCAGUUGGUAUCGCUGAGUAUGGUCAUAACCUCAUCCACAAUGGCAGGAUCAACUACGUCACUGUAGGUUAUCAACAUUUCAUAAACUUGACUGGCAGUUGUUUUCCUUAUCUAGGAGAAAGAGGCAGAGGAAGUUUUACUGAAGGAUCUGGAGUCCUGUACGGAAGAGCCCAGGGCUAUUACUGGUUCCUCAUACUGACAUUAUCAUUUUAUGGAGGAGAUUUUGUAACGCUCAGCCCUCCUGCAAACUCUUCUUACCACUGCUAGUGAUCUGCUGCAGGACCUAGGUCAAGCGACUUCAUUUUGGUACCCUGACGAAAUUCAGGCUGCUAUGAUAUGUGUGUUUUCACUAAACUUUCGCAGUAUUUCAGAUGAAGAUGGCAACAGAAAUACAGAAGCAUUUAUUACGACUUUAGAGAGAACUCUUGAUGAUCAUGGCCGAAAAUAUGUUCUACCAUAAGACUUUCAAAGCCUGACAGCGCACCAGUCUGUCUUCUCAUUUCAGCUGGAACAAGCUUUUAGCGCCAAUAACUCAAAUAUCCUUCAGUAGUUAUAUCAUUUUAUUCACACUGAAAUAAUUGUAUUCUCUUCUAACACCCUCUCAGACUGAGUCACUAUUGCAGUGACAGUACCAAUACAUUCAGAGCACCAGUAAAGAAUAAGCAUCACUAUUUGACUCUUAUUGCUCAAUAUGCAGGCUAGAUGAAACUCUGUUAACUUACCUGCUUGCAAAUUUAAACCAUCUUUGAAUGCGAACUAAUAUUUGUCAAAAUAUUUUUUCUCAUUGGAUAGCAGUCAUUGUUACGUGUUACCUUGCAACUACUCUUCUGCCUUUGCAAUAAAGUUUGUACUUCUUACUCAGGAGGCAAAAAUAUUAAAGUAUAUAAUUGAGUUAUUGGCUAUAAAAAUA